CGGGAGGGAGAAAGCGGAAGCGGAGCGACAGGCGGGAGGCAUGCAGGUCUCUCCCCAGGACUACCAGAACGUGCCCAUCGACAUCCAGACCGGCAGGCUCCUGGACUGGCUGGUGGACAGGAGACACUGCAACCUGAAAUGGCAGAGCCAGGUGCUGGUCAUCCGCGAAAAGAUCAACACGGCCAUCCAAGACAUGCCGGAGAACGAGGAGAUAAAGCAGCUGCUCGCGGGGGCCUACCUGCACUACUUCCACUGCCUGAGGAUCGUGGAGAUCCUCAAGGGCACUGAGGCUUCCACCAAGAACCUCUUUGGACGCUAUUCGUCCCAACGCAUGAAGGACUGGCAGGAGAUUGUGUCCCUCUACGAGAAGGAGAACACCUACCUGGCCGAGCUCGCCAGCCUCCUGGUGCGCAGCAUCAGCUACGAGAUCCCCUCGCUGAAGAAGCAGAUCAGCCGGUGCCAGCAGGCCCAGCAGGACUUUGCCCGCCGUGAGGAAGAGUGUCAGCUGGGGGCGGCUGAGCUGCGGGAGCGGUUUUUCACCUCCUGCAAGCAGUACGGCAUCACCGGUGACAACGUGCGCCAGGAGCUGCUGGCCUUAGUGAAGGACCUGCCAUCGUCGCUCACCGAGAUUGGAGCGGGAGCCAGUGCGCUCUCCGAGGCCAUCGAGCUGUACCAGGCCUGUGUGGAGUUUGUGUGCGAGAGUUCCGAAGAGCUGGUGGUGCCCCUGCUACGGCACGUGGGGAAGAGAGGCAACACGACCGUCUAUGAGUGGAGGACGGGGCUCCAGCCUCUGCGGGUGGAGCGGCCGGAGGUGGAAGAGGUGCCAGAGCAGCCGAAGGAGGACACGAUCGACUGGGGAGACUUCACGCUGGAGCCGACCAGGGUGGAUGACGGUGCCGCUGCCAACGGGGGAGCGCAGGGCGAGGAGAUAGACUGGGGGAUCACGCUAGAGCCUGGUCCCCAGCAGGAUGAUGGCAUUGACUGGGGAGACGGUGAAAGCGAGGAGGUGCAGAUCACGGUGCUGGAGGCCGGCACUGAGGUGCCCGAGGGAGUCGCCUCUGGCUCCGACGCCCUGACACUCCUGGAAAACACCGAGACCCGGAGCCAGUUCAUCGACGAGCUCAUGGAGCUGGAGCUGUUCCUGUCCCAGCGCCUGGUAGAGAUGGAGGAGGAAGCUGACAUCGUGGCCGUCAGCCAGUUCCAGCUGGCCCCCGCCGUGCUGCAGGGCCAGACCAGCGCCCAUGUGGGCUCCCUCCUGGCCACCACCCGGGCUCUGCUGGGCCAGCUCUGCACCCGCAGCAUGCAGCACCUCUUCAUGAUCCUCGCUUCCCCCAGGUACGUGGACCGCGUGAGUGAGUUGCUGCGGCAGAAGCUGAAGCAGGCGGAGCUGCUGCUGGCCAAGAAGGAGAUGAUGAGCCAGAAGCAGCAGGAGGCCCUGGCAGAGCAGGGUGCCUUGGAGCCCAAGCUCGACCGUCUGCUGGAGAAGACCAAGGAGCUCCAGAAGCUGAUCGAGGCCGACAUCUCCAAGCGCUACAGCGGGCGGCCGGUGAACCUGAUGGGUGUCUCCCUGUGAGUCCCCACGGGACAGG